UUUGGAAAUCAGGUUCUUAAUCCUUAAGUUUUAGAAGAAAUAAUCCUUCCUACUAGCCUUACAUUUGUACUGCUGGGCCUCGUGUCUUGCUGUAUUAGGAGCGAAUCAGUUCGAACACAAAGAGUAUUCUUACAAAUUUUCUGGCCUGGUACGCUCGACCGAACUCAGGUAUCAAAAAAAGCAAGACUUGCUUCCGCCAGCGGAAAAUCAUACCAACUCAAGCUCUGAAGUCAUUGGCAAUUUUUAUAUCUGCGCCUGCAGUGGAAGCGAAGUCGAAAUGUUGCUGGUUACGACGAAGACUCACCUGCCGCGCGGGGUCAUGCUGACAGCCCUGGCCGUCGUGGGGGCCGCGUAUUUUGCGCCCGGCCUUGUGGACGGUGUCGGCUUACGUCCGGCCUUGCGGACGUUCAGCACAGAAGAUUCGCAUGAGAUCCUCGUACUCGUUGGACUUGGGGACAAGACAGAGACGUUGCCCGGGAACACCAGCGCUGCCGAGGCGGCGCAAAAGCUGCAUGACAUGGCUGCGGGGCUAGCGCUAGUACCAGCAAACGAUGCAAUUACCUACGGCCUUACAACGGUGACGGUUGAUAGUCUAUUGCAGGACCCUGAUCGCACGGUGGGCACUAUCCUCCCAACCGGUACUGCGAUGAUUCGCUUGCUUCCUGGGGGCCCGCUCUUGUUCGAGGAGAUGCCUGCCAAUGGUCUCUGGAAGCCCGCUGAAGUGCGGCAAGAGGGCACUUGGGCGGUGCCGUCUGACAAAGAAUCUGAAGUUGAAUUUAUUAUUCGCACGGUUUUGGGAAUCAGCACAGACGACUUGAUUAAGGAUCGGUACGCCGCCGCAGCUAGAAAAAAAUACAACCUGUCGGGACCUAAACUCGACCUGUAUCUGAUGCAGCUGCGCACACAAGCGCAAGCCCAUCUUGAGAAGGCUCUUCCGACCAUCGAGAAGCAGGAGGAGGAAGACCCAAAGCGCAAGUUGGACCACCAACGCAAGCUGGUCGAGUUGAUCUUUGCGUGGCGGAAUUUGAACGGGUCCAAGGGCUGGGAGGGAGAUUCAGAGUUCGACAAAGAUAACAGGCUGAUUCAGAUUGCCGUCGAAUCGAUAAUGUUCCUUUUCGAUGAUUAUAUGUAGUGAGGUCACCGAACGGUUCUAACCAGGGAGUUUCUUUGCCACCUCCCGUGAAAAACGACCGGCAGUUUUGAAGCCUGUAGAGAGUUUUUUUGCAUGAAAAAGAUUCCAGCGUGCAAGCCUGUUUGGCUUUGUCGGCACCGAAUCGCAAGCGGAUUCUAUCGGUCGCCGCUUGAAAAAACGACGCAGGGGAGCCGGCAAAAGGGGCGCCCUUCGGAGGCGCCCACCGCCUUGGUUUCUGGC